CUGCAGAGGGGAGAGCGGCGCGAGCCAAGUGGGGGGAGGGUGGAGGAAACCCGGGAGAAGGCUUUCUCCAGCCCCCAAAGUUUUGAUGAUGACCAUGACUACGAUGGCUGACGGCUUGGAAGGCCAGGACUCGUCCAAAUCCGCCUUCAUGGAGUUCGGGCAACAACAGCAGCAGCAACAGCAGCAGCAGCAGCAGCAGCAGCAGCAACAGCAGCCGCCGCCGCCGCCGCCGCCACAGCCGCACUCGCAGCAGAGCUCCCCGGCCAUGGCAGGCGCGCACUACCCUCUGCACUGCCUGCACUCGGCGGCGGCGGCGGCGGCGGCGGCCGGCUCGCACCACCACCACCACCAGCACCACCACCACGGCUCGCCCUACGCGUCGGGCGGCGGCAACUCCUACAACCACCGCUCGCUCGCCGCCUACCCCUACAUGAGCCACUCGCAGCACAGCCCUUACCUCCAGUCCUACCACAACAGCAGCGCGGCCGCCCAGACGCGAGGGGACGACACAGAUCAACAAAAAACCACAGUGAUUGAAAACGGGGAAAUCAGGUUCAAUGGAAAAGGGAAAAAGAUUCGGAAGCCUCGGACCAUUUAUUCCAGCCUGCAGCUCCAGGCUUUAAACCACCGCUUUCAGCAAACUCAGUACCUGGCCCUUCCCGAGAGAGCUGAACUGGCAGCUUCCUUAGGACUGACACAAACACAGGUGAAGAUAUGGUUUCAGAACAAACGCUCUAAGUUUAAGAAAUUGCUGAAGCAGGGCAGUAACCCGCACGAGAGCGACCCCCUCCCGGGCUCAGCGGCCCUGUCACCGCGCUCGCCGGCACUGCCUCCAGUGUGGGACGUUUCUGCCUCAGCCAAGGGCGUCAGUAUGCCCCCCAACAGCUACAUGCCCGGCUAUUCGCAUUGGUACUCCUCUCCACACCAGGACACGAUGCAGAGACCACAGAUGAUGUGAGUUGUCUGAGGGAAAUUGAUACCCUAGGGAAACGUCUGAACAAGGCAAGGAGGAUCCAGGACCUGCUUGCAUCUGCCAAACCCAGCCGAAGGAGCAGGCUCGGGAGAACUCUUCUGUGUGGCAAGACAGUCUGGGCGCUUGCUCGCCCUCUCGCUCUCUCUCCCCCUCUCUCCUCCUUCCCUUCCUUUCCUUCCCUCCUUUUCUUUUUCCCUUUCUUUUUCUCAUCUGCUUUUUCCCUUGAGCAGCCUCAGUAACUGAUUUUGCAUCUUAGAGAGAGAGAGAGAGAGUGAGUGAGAGAGAGAGAAACUGGUUUCUAUGCCAGUGCUCCUGAAACUCCUCACUGCAAGGACAUUUUCCCUUACCCUUUGGGAUCCAGGCUCUGAGCCUCCUCUUCUCUUUGGGAAUAUCCAUCAAAACGACUUUUUUUUAACAGACAUUUUCCCCCACCAGAAGAAUCUGCGCAAACAUGGCAGCGUUUUUACUUGUUUAAUGAGCUUAAGACAUUACAUGAUGAAAAAGAAGCAUUUCGGGCUCCUGCAUUUUUAUUUACCAAUCCCAGACUGACAAAACAAA